AUGAAGGCAUGGGAUAUUGUCAGCCCCCAUCCCCUUGUUGACGAUAGGAACACGGAUGGUGUAUUUGAUGACCGGGUCCAUCUGGCAGAACUGGUCGCACUCCUAGGCUCCCCACCACCCGAGUUUCUUGAAGGCCACCAUCUCAGCUCUGUCUUCUGGGACACGUCGGGCAACUGGAAAGAUCUCGUCUGGAAAGAUCUCGCUCCGAUUCCUGGCAAGUCACUUGAGAGUCUAGCUACCAACAUUAGAGGGGAGGACAAGGAGGGAUUCUUGCGGUGGCUCCGAUUAGCUUUGCAGUGGAAUCCUGCAGACCGACCGACAGCUCUGGAACUUUUAUACGACGAGUGGAUGAUGAAAGGAUUGAAAGUAGGGGAAAACAAACAAACACCCUCAGAAGAUUAG